UCUCUCUCUCUCUCUCUCUCUCUCUCUCUCUCUCUCUCUCUGUUUCCUCUCUCUGUCUUCCUCCUCUGACACUCAAACACAUACACGCCCAACCUGCGGUACUGUACCUGUGAGUAGCGCAGUGUGUUUGGCCGAGCCAGAGGUGUUUUUCUAGUGAGGAGCAGGAGAAGACAGGACAGAGGUGUUGAAGAGACCGCUGAUAGACUGACGGACUGCUCACAGGAAGUGAUGAGGAUGAACUGACUCUUUCUGGAAUGCUAAAGCUGGACUGUGAUGGAUGUUCCUGAGCGGUGUGUCCCCCUCUGUUAUCAGGACCAGUUGCUGAGCAGGAUGCCCUCUGAUCUCCAGGAGUGUCACCUGACCUCCAGCUGUGGCUCCUAUAUCAAGACCGAGCCCUCUUCCCCUUCCUCCUCAUUGGUUGACACCGUCAGUCACCACAGCCCCUCGGCCAAUAGCGACGCCAGCAGCGGCUACGUCAACGUAAACAACCUCAACGGACGCUCGCACGUCCUCGACUCACAGCCCAUGUUCAACCCGGGCAUGCUGGGAGGGGGCGGAGCCUGUCUCCGGCGCUAUGACGACUGCGGAGUGGGCGUGGCGGAUGAUUCACCGAUCAAGUGCGAGUAUAUGUUGAAUGCGAUUCCGAAGAGGUUGUGUCUGGUGUGUGGGGAUAUCGCAUCAGGUUACCACUAUGGGGUCGCCUCCUGUGAGGCCUGCAAAGCCUUCUUCAAAAGGACCAUACAAGUCAGCAGACGCUCUAAUCCAGAGCAACAUACAAGGAACAUAGAAUACAGCUGUCCGGCAACAAACGAGUGUGAGAUCACCAAGAGGAGACGCAAAUCCUGCCAGGCUUGUCGUUUCAUGAAGUGUCUCAAAGUAGGCAUGCUCAAAGAGGGUGUGCGUCUGGAUCGCGUGAGGGGCGGAAGACAGAAGUACAAGAGGAGAAUGGGGGACACGGAGAACGGAGCCUAUCUAGGCCUGACACUCCCCCCUCCUGCCAAAAAGCCGUUGACAAAGAUCGUGUCUCACCUGCUGGUGGUUGAACCAGAGAAGAUCUAUGCCAUGCCAGACCCGACCAUGCCAGACGGAGACAUCAAGGCCCUGACCACUCUGUGUGACCUGGCUGACAGAGAACUGGUGGUCAUCAUCGGCUGGGCCAAACAUAUCCCAGGAUUCUCCAGCCUGUCUCUGGCAGACCAGAUGAGUCUACUGCAGAGUGCCUGGAUGGAGAUCCUGGUCCUGAGCAUCGUGUUCCGCUCGUUGGCCUGUGAGGAGGAGCUGGUGUAUGCCGAGGACUAUGUGGUGGAUGAGGAGCACGCUCGUCUAUCUGGCCUGCUGGACCUGCACGUUGCCAUUCUGCCUCUGGUCCGACGCUAUAAGAAGCUGAGCGUGGAGAAGGAGGAGUUUGUCACGCUCAAGGCCAUCGCCCUCGCUAACUCAGACUCCAUGCAUAUAGAGGAUGUAGAGGCUGUUCAGAGGCUCCAGGACUCUCUCCAUGAGGCAUUGCAGGACUUAGAAGGUGCCCACAACACGGAGGACCCUCGGCGGACAGGAAAGCUGCUGAUGACCCUUCCCUUGCUCCGUCAGACCGCGGCCAAGGCCGUGCAGCACUUCUACAGCAUCAAGGUGCAGGGAAAAGUGCCCAUGCACAAACUCUUCCUGGAGAUGCUGGAGGCCAAGGCUUGAUGAUUGGACCGGGGGAUUGACGGACAGCUGCAUCACUCAAUGAGGAGGAUGGACAGCCUGUGAAUAGGUGGGGUAACACCAUGGAGACCUAUGACAGCUACGGGAUGAAGUUGACUGCUGUUACUGUGGUGCGAAACCCACAUCUAGAACUAAAGAAGAGGAAUAGAGCAGGAAAAUAGACCAACAGAUUUUAGGGGUGAAUAUAAAACGCUUUGAUGUAGGAUAUAGUCAUGUAUGUGAAGAUGCUGUGUACAGAACUGUGGGUCUUGUUAUAAUCAGAGACCCUUCUGCUCUAGAUCACCGGUAGCUACUGGGAGUUAUCUUUCUCUUUUGUUUUAGAAUCUCAGUUGUAAAGAGGUUUGUUUUGGGGUUUUUUUCACCUUGAAGCUGAAGUAUGACUAUUAGUAAUGUGUUGUGAUGAAUCUGAAUGGUUAGAGCCGCUCAGUUAUCUUUCUCUUUUGUUUUAGAAUCGCAGAUGUACAGCAUUACAGUCUGGUAUAUAUGUAUUUACGGUUAUUGUGUCAAAUUGCAGUGUUAAAGGGGUUUGGGGAUGAUUUCAUAUUAUGUUCUUCAAUCAACCUCAAAGAAACAGAUCCCUACACCUAUGAAGAUAAAAGCUUCUGAAGUCUUCCUAACCAGAUCUGGGUUCAAAUUCAAUUGAAAUCUUUCAAAAUAUGUUGAACGUUUGAUUGAGUCUGCCUGGAGUGCCAUAUCGGUGAGAUUUGCCCUUUUGGGACUAUACCAUUUAAUUCAGUUGGUCAAGCAAACUCAUUCCAAAUAUUAUUUGAACCCAGGUCUGUUCGUAACACAUUUACCUCCUCCUAGUUUCAUCAACAACACUGUUCCAUCCAAGUCUGGUGCUUAGAGAGGGAUGGAGUGCACUCUUCUAA